UCUGUUAACUGUUGCAGGAAGGCGAGCAAUGAAAAAAGGAGAAUCGAAGUCGGAAAUAUAAGGACAUCGAAUACGACAGUAAUCAUGACGCGAAUAUCGUUCCGAUAGCAAGGACUUGAGAAUUAGAUAAGCGCGGGGACGCCUCGGCAUAAAAGCAAAAUAAAGCUUUACCAAAAAUAACGGUCCAAUUCAUAUCCAAUUCUGUGACCAAUAUAGAACGCGAGACUCGAUUUAUUUAUUACGUCAUUAAUCUCCAUCAAAAGUUUAAGGCCUGCGUAAACAUAGCUGAGAAAUCCGCAAUUAAUUUCCCAACAAAGUACGAUCGACGGCGGGUAGCAGCUUAACAAAGAAUUUGUCUCGCGAGUUUCUCCCACUGAAUCGACGCUCAGUGUAGUGGAUUACAUGCACGUGAAGAAUUUUCGUAUCACAAGUUUGUAAGUGUUUUUGUUUGUGCGUGUAGUUUCCGGCUGAAAAGCCACAUGUCAAAGGAUCGGGAUAUCGUGUCAUUGAGAAUGUUUGUUCCAUUGAAAAUCAUUCAGUUCGAAGUGUGAAUAUAGUUCGAAUAAAAAGUGAAGUUUCCUGAACAAUUGGGCUUGGAUAUCGUCAGUGACAAAGCCAUUCGAAAUUUAAGUUCCUCGAAUAAAACAAAGAAAUAAAAGAACAAGGACGUUGGAUUUUGCUCUGUUUCUUUUUAGAGGACAUUUGCCCCAAACCAGCUGUUUUGAGCUCGGGUUUGCCGACUGAAACACCCGCGAAAACAACGGCCCAGUUUAAAAUCGUUGACCGCCAAUUCACAGGCUAAUGGAUAACAGCACCAAAUAUGUGAAUCCCAACCCCAUUAUCAAAGCGAAUUUCUUCAGUAAACUCGUUUUUUGGUGGAUUGUGCCUCUGUUCAACUAUGGUAAGGAUCAUGAUCUCGAAAUUAAGGAUCUUCACAAUGCCUUGCCCAGGGAUCACAGCAACAUGCUCGGAGACAGAUUGGAAAGAAAUUGGAAGAAGGAAUGCGAGGAUUCGAUUAAGACCGGAAAGAAGCCAAGAUUAUUCACAGCGAUAAAAAGAACUUUUUUCGUUUCUACUCUUCACUACGGAGCUUGGCUACUCUUUCACGCUGUAGUUCUCAGAACCGUGCAGCCAUUCAUAUUGGGACUUUUGAUUUGGCAUUUUGAUCCACGCUCAGAUUCCACUCCGUCCGAAGCUUAUGCGUAUGCUUCCGGCAUAGUUUGUUUAUCGGUUUUAAUAGCGUUGAUUCAGCAUCACACGUUUUUAGGCCAAAUGGAAAUUGGCAUGCGACUGAGGAUCGCUUGCUCUUCUCUAGUCUAUCGAAAGAUUUUGCGGUUAUCGAGAUCAGCUGCGAACGAAACUGCCGGAGGAUUGAUUAUCAAUUUGUUAUCUAACGACGUUGCAAGAUUCGAUCUACUAUUUGUCCAUUUACACUAUAUUUGGAUAAUGCCGAUCCAGGGAGCUCUCGUGGCUUAUCUCAUGUGGCGAAGUGUCCAAAUUGCUUCCUUGGCUGGUAUCUUUCUGAUAACGAUCCAAACGAUUCCCUUCCAAGGAUACAUGGGAAAAGUGACGUCAAAAUUGCGCAUGAGAGUGGCUCUGAGAACGGACGAGCGGGUGAGAUUGAUGAGCGAGAUAAUAUCCGGAAUAAAAGUCAUUAAAAUGUACACUUGGGAGAAGCCAUUCGAGCUGUUGGUAUCGAUCGCAAGAAAAUCGGAGAUCGAUAUUUUGACUUUGACUUCGUACCUGCGAGGCUUCAACAAAGCCACCUUCGUUUUCACCGAGAGAACGACCCUUUUUUUUACUGUCAUGGCUUACGUACUUCUUGGCAACGAAAUUUCCGCUGCUCAAGUAUUCUCGAUGGCCCAAUACUUUAACGUGAUUCAAGCAACAAUGGCGAUUUAUUAUCCGAUGGCCGUUUCCGCUGGUGCCGAAGCUCUCGUCUCGAUUUCGAGGCUCGAGAAAUUUCUUCUCCUCGAGGAGAAAAAGUGUGUGGAAGAUUGGCGAGAAAAGAAGAGAAUCGAGGAAACGGAGAAGGGAAUUUCGAUAAAGCAGGUGACAGCCAGUUGGACGGAGAAUUCAAUCGCGAAUACCCUGCACGACAUCACGUUGAGUGUGAAAAAUGGAAAAUUGUGUGCACUCGUUGGUCCUGUCGGGGCCGGAAAGUCCUCGUUGUUGCAACUGAUCCUGGGGGAAUUGGAAGCGAGAGAGGGCCACGUGACUCGCGGUGGAACAAUCUCGUACGCGAGCCAAGAGCCCUGGCUCUUCACUGGCUCCGUCAGAAACAACAUUCUCUUUGGCCUGCCCUACGACGAGGCUCGAUACAAACGUGUCACGAGGGCUUGCGCCCUCGUCAAAGAUUUUGUGCAGCUUCCCCAGGGCGAUAAAACCCUCGUUGGCGAACGCGGAACUUCUCUCAGCGGGGGCCAACGCGCCAGAAUCAAUUUGGCCAGAGCGGUCUAUGCCGAAGCCGAUAUUUACUUGCUGGAUGAUCCCCUAUCGGCUGUGGACCCCCACGUCGGGAAGCAGCUCUUCGAGGACUGUGUAAUGGGAUUUUUGGGAAAAAAGACGAGAAUUUUGGUGACUCAUCAAGUGCAUUACUUGAAAUUGGUCGAUCACAUCGUUAUGCUGAAUAACGGCGUGAUAUCGAAGCAAGGAAAUUAUCGAGACUUUCAAGAUGGUCAUUUGGACCUAAUAAAAUCGGUAUCGAGCGAGGAAGAAGAUGAGACAAAUGAGAAAAACAGUACAAACGAAGAAAGCCCGAUGAAAGACUCGAGGAAAUCAUCGAUCCAUGAAAGAAGCGUUUCAAUCUCAAACCACGAAGAUGAGGAGGAUGCAGACUCGAUCGAGGAGCCCCAAGAAACCGAAGAGUUGAUGGCCAAGGGCCAAAUGCUUCAAUCCCUUUACUGGAAAUAUUUUUCAGCAGGAAACUCCAUUCUCAUGUUUCUCCUUUUCUGCCUCGUCACUGUCCUUGGACAAUUGGGCAGCAGCGGCUGCGAUUAUUGGGUCGCUUACUGGACAAACCAGCAGGAGCAACGACUGAAGGAAUUUUUCCACGCAUCGAUCCAUGCAAAUUUGUCUUUGGACAAUUCGAGCACGAUUCGAGAAACAAGCUGGCUCGAGUCGAACGCGUCCGACUCAAAUUUCACCGAAAUAUUUGCGGAGCCAUUAUCGAACGAGUACCUCGACCGAGACACAGCGCUUUGGAUUUACGGAGGUUUCAUAAUCACCAGCGUGCUCAUGACGAGCGCCCGAAAUUUAGUGUUUUUCAAAAUCUGUAUGAAUUCCAACAGAAAAUUGCACGACACGAUGUUCGCUCGUUUGCUGCGAGCCCCAAUGAGGUUUUUCGAUACAAAUCCAUCGGGUAGGAUCUUAAACCGAUUUUCAAAGGACGUAGGAUCCGUGGACGAAAUUUUGCCGACGACGAUGCUCGAUUCUAUACAGAUUUUUGCUGUCAUGGUCGGAAUCCUUGGACAAGUAAUCAUCAUCUAUUGGUGGACCAUUUUCCCCAUGCUCGUCAUGGCUUUCUUUUAUUCCAAAAUUCGAAAUAUUUAUCUCGCCACUGCCAGAGACGUCAAACGUUUGGAAGGCGUUGGAAAAAGUCCAGUAUUUUCGCACGUCAAUUCGUCUCUGUCGGGUCUGGCGACGAUAAGAUCGUCCGGGAAGAUGGAACUGGUGAAACAGGAAUUCGAUUCUCAUCAGGACGUUCACACGAGUGCUUACUAUUUGUCGGUCGCGGCGAGCACUGCCUUCGGUCUUUGGCUGGACGCCGUAACCGUUGGAUUCGUCGCUUUCAUCACUUUUGCCUUCGUAUUUUUAGAAAAUGCUUCAACAUUUUCCGGGAACGUUGGUCUGGCGGUAUCUCAAAUUCUCAUUUUAUGCGGGAUGUUGCAACACGGAAUUCGUCAAACGUCAGAAAUGGUGGCCCAGAUGACGAGCGUAGAGAGAAUAUUGGAAUUUUCAGAUUUGGAAAGCGAGGGUUCGGUCGAGAGUGAAUCUGCGGAGAAGCCUCCGUCGUCGUGGCCUUCGAAGGGAGAGAUUAAGUUCAGUCACGUGUACUUGCGUUACGACGAGAGCUCGGAGACGCGAGUAUUGAGCGACAUCGACGUGUUGGUAGGAGCGGGAUCAAAAGUGGGAAUCGUGGGGCGAACAGGAGCAGGAAAGUCCUCGAUAAUCGCGGCCCUUUUCAACCUCUCGAAAAUCGAGGGCAACAUUUUCAUCGAUGACGUUGACACGAAGAAAAUAAGGCUCGAGGAGCUGCGAAAAAAAAUCUCGAUUAUUCCCCAAGAGCCGGUUCUCUUCUCAGCUUCCUUAAGGGACAACUUGGAUCCGUUCCGGGAGUACGAGGACGCCGCAUUAUGGUCCGCCCUGGAGCAAGUUCAGCUCAAAAAUUCAGUCCCGAGCCUGGAGCACGGAGUCACCUCCGGAGGAACAAAUUUCAGUGCGGGUCAGCGCCAACUUCUGUGCCUCGCCCGGGCCAUUCUCCGUAACAAUAAAAUCCUUGUCUUGGAUGAAGCCACUGCGAAUGUUGAUCCCAACACCGACCGACUCAUCCAACAAACUGUCAGAACAAACUUCAGCGAAUGCACCGUUCUCACUAUCGCCCAUCGACUCAACACUAUCAUGGACUCCGACAAAAUUCUCGUCCUCGAACACGGUCGCGUUCUCGAGUAUGAUCAUCCUCACAUCUUACUACAAAAGGGGGAAAGCCUUUUCAAGGAAAUGCUCAAACAAACCGGACCAGCGACGAGCCAAACUCUCGCAGACAUUUCCAGAAAGGCCUACGAGUCAAGGAGAACCACUGAAACUUAAACGUAGUACUUAGAAUUCAAGUUUUUUAACCGUUUUGAGAUUACUUCGUUUUUUUUACGACGAUCAAACUUUUUAUAUAAAACUGUGUUUCCGCCGAGAAUUUUUAAACUCGGGUAAAACAAAAGUUUUGUGUUCAGGAUUCGUGAUGAUUUUUACUCUCUACGCUCAAACGCUUGCGAGCCGUACUUCGAACACAUAUUUCGAGUACUUAUUAUUAAAAAAGACUUAAUUAAUGGGUGCCUCGAUCAAAGAUUUUUUAAGUUAAUUAUCUUUCUAAAUAUUGUUAUUAUAGGAAAGCCAAAGUACUUGAAGAGCAAGGAUGUCACUCGUCGUUUGAAAUAAAUCAAAUUUUUAUUAAAUAACAA